AUGGUGUCGUUCGGCAUCGAGCAACCUGUGGGAAUAUGCCCGCAGGACAAAGAAAGCGGAGGCAGCGCCGGCAAUGUCCACCUUCCGCGCAUUCCAGCUCUCGUAUAUUACCUCGUCACGAACGCUGCUCGCCCGCCCGUCUCCCGCGUACAUGUCCCGGAAGCUCUUCACCAGCGCCAUUGCGAAGUCACCGCGUCUUCGAUCGAUAUUAUCUUCCAAGAGAGCCACAAUGUCCCCCACAGCACCACAGACCUAGCCGUCGACGGCGUAAACGGAGCCGGGGUUCCCGCGGCUGCUGCCAACGGAUUUCACACUCAAGCGGAGACUACUAGCUCUUUCGCCGCUGUUCCCCAGCGUGCGGAGGUUCCAGGAGACUCUCCCCCGAUAGAAACAGAGUUUCUCGUCGUGGGCUGCGGUCCCGCCGGUGCUGGUUUGGCGUGUUUCUUGGCUUCUCAUGGCCUCACUGGAAUCAUGAUUGGAGCCGCUCCCGGUACCGCGAACACGCCCCGGGCGCACAUCACAAAUAUGGCAGCAGUGGAAUGUCUUCGCGACAUCGAUCUCGAACGCGACAUCAAGCAGGUCGCCUCCAAGGGCGACUCGCACAUGGUCCACACACGAUGGUGCCACAGCAUGGCUGGGCAGGAGUUUGCGCGGUUAUACUCGUGGGGUAAUGACCCCAAGCGAAGGGGCGACUACGAACUCGCGAGCCCCUGCGAACCCGCAGACCUCCCGCAGACCCUCCUCGAGCCCGUCCUAAUCCGGUACGCCACCCUGCACGGCUUCAAGGUCCGCUUCGACACCGCGCUGGAGUCCUUCACCGAGGACCCGGAGACGAAGCGCAUCACCGUCACCGUGCGCGACAAGGUGUCGGGCGCCGCGUACCGGAUCCGCACAAAGUACCUCUUUGGCGCGGACGGCGCCCAGAGCCAGGUCGUCAAGCAGGUCGACCUCCCGCUCGACCGCAAGCCCGGCCAGGGCCUCGCCAUCAACGUGCUCGUCAAGGCCAACCUGUCCCACCUCGUGGACUCGCGCCGCGGAAACUUGCACUGGGUCAUGCAGCCCGACAAGGCGCACCCGGACUUUGGCUGGAUGUGCAUCGUGCGCAUGGUCAAGCCGUGGGACGAGUGGAUGUUUAUCCUCUUCCCGAACCGGGAUGCCGAUCCCGAUAUGAAGCCUACUAAUGAGCAGUACCUCGAGCGGGUGCGCGAGCUUAUCGGCGACGAUACGCCCGCCGAGAUUCUCAACGUGUCCAAGUGGUUCGUCAACGAGACCGUAGCGCAAACCUACUCGGUCGGAGACAACGUCUUCUGCCUCGGUGACGCCGUCCACCGCCAUCCACCCAUGAACGGCCUCGGCUCCAACACCUGCAUCCAAGACGCCUUCAACCUCGCAUGGAAAGUCGCCUACGUACACAAGGGGCUCGCCUCGCCCUCCCUCCUCGACACCUACAGCACGGAGCGGCAGCCCGUCGGCCACAGCAUCAUCUCCCGCGCCAACCAAGCCUUCCGCGACCACUUCCACCGAGCUGCAAGAAGCCACGCCCGCCGGCCAGAGCGCCGCCGACAGUUCCGCGAGGCCAUCGAGCGCACCUCGCACGAGUUCCACGGCCUCGGCGUGGAGAUGAACCAGCACUACGCCGGCGCCGCCGUGUACGACGCCGACGAACCUCAGCCCUGGGCCCUCCCCGGCCGCGCCGCCGAGAACCCCGUCCUCUACCACGAGCCCAACACGUACCCGGGCUCGCGCCUGCCCCACGUCUGGCUCAACCGCUCCGUGCCCGAGGCCCCCACCUCUACCAUCGACCUUGCCGGCCACGGUCGCUUCGUCCUCUUUACCGGCAUCGGCGGCGAGGCGUGGAAGGAGGCGGCCCAAAAGGUCGCGGCCGAGCUCGGCGUGCCCCUCGACGCCCACUCUGUCGGCUUCCGCCAGGACUGGGAGGACUUUUACUUUGCGUGGGAAAAGGUCCGCGGCGUCGAGGAGUCGGGCGCGGUCCUCGUUCGGCCGGAUCGCUUCGUCGCGUGGCGCGCCAAUGAGGUGCUCGCCGGCGUGGAUGAGUGUGCGACCAAGUUGUCUGGCGUGUUGAAGUCGGUUCUGGGGAGGAAGGAGUAA